AUUCCUACCCGUAUUGGUAUAUAAUCUGCUCCUAUUGCUCUUACUGCUCUUGCACGUGUGAUUAGAUUCAAACUGUAAUGACAAUAAAGUUGAAUCCGAAUCAAAAAUAAAACCUGACUGGAGAUUUCACGCGGCCAGCUGUAGUCAUGUAGCCGUGAGCUGACGGCGCUGCUCCAGACAGACGGGUGCUGAUUGGUCAGCGCACAGGCCUGCUGUGUAGCAGCUGCCGUCAUCCCCUCAGACGUGCUGGGGAUGCUGACUGUGGCGCUGAUACCCCUGCGCUGUGCUCUGGCUGGUGGGCUGCGGUCUGCGUGGGCUCUGUGGACACAUCAGACAGACGGAUCCGUGGCUGGGAGCUGAAAUGAGAUAAGCGUCUUUUUCUCUCCGCCGAGGUGCUGCAGCGCCGCGCACGCAGGACGGACGUGGGCACUUUAUCACCGAAAACCUCCGCGUCCGGGGAUUAAACGUAUUUGCCUGCAGACUGUGCCGCCGGAAAGGUUCGCCUUCCGUUUGUACAUAAAGGUCACCCGGAGGAUGGUCCCGACGCUGCUCUCCAGAGGUGAUGUGAGUUGAAGCGGUGGGGAAGCCGCAGAGGAGCUGUCCGUCUGUCGAGGUGCUGAUGCGGCUGUGACAGAACCGAGCAUGGCUGCGGGGAAGUUACUGCUCUACGCCGGCCUCUCUCUUUCUCUUUGCGCCCUGGGCAUGCUGGCCGUGGCGAUGUGCUCCGACCACUGGUACGAGACAGACGCCAGACGGUACAGGGAGCGGUGCCGAAGCUUUUCCAGCCGCCGCAAGGACCCGGGCUUCAUCUACAUCCCCAACAACAGCCUACCGCUGCGGGCCAGCCGGAGCAGCGUGUCCCGAUGGCAAGAGAAGCUGCUUUUGGCCCGGAACAGACGGCAGCUGUUCGCCAUGAGCGCCGCAGAUGAAUGUAGUAGGCAGUAUAACUCCACCAACAUGGGGCUGUGGAGGAAAUGCCAUCGGCUGGCCUUCGACCACGAAAUCGAAGAGAGCAUCCGGAAAGGUUCCAUUACUCGGUGCUCCUACAUCAAGUAUCACUAUUCCUCAGCUACGAUACCCAAAAACCUCUCCUACAACAUCACCAAGACAAUAAGGCAGGACGAAUGGCACGCCCUCCACUUGCGGCGAAUGACAGCUGGUUUCAUGGGCAUGGCUGUGGCCAUCAUCCUGUUCGGCUGGGUCAUUGGUUUGCUGGGCUGCUGCUGGGACCGAGGCCUCAUGCAAUAUGUGGCCGGCCUCCUCUUCCUAAUGGGAGGAACCUUCUGUAUCAUCUCCCUCUGUACCUGCGUCGCUGGCAUCAACUUCGAGCUUUCCCGUUACCCGCGGUACCUGUACAGCUUGCCCGAUGAUAUCGGCCACGGCUACGGCUGGUCCAUGUUCUGCGCCUGGGGAGGCCUCGGCCUCACACUUAUCUCUGGCUUCUUCUGCACUCUCGCGCCCUCUGUUCAACCAAUACCGAGGUCUACCUGUCCCAAAUCUCGACAGGAGAACGGCACCGUGUGCUAAAGCUGGCUGCGCCAGGCCAGCUGAACCCACAGACAGACAGACAAAACAAACAAGCUAUUCCAUGUUUCCAUGUGUCAGCUCAUAUCCACUCUAUCCUGGUUACAGAUUUUGUGUGUGUGUUUGUUUAAAAUGGGUGUCUUGAUAUCUU